CGGGCGGAGCUGUGCAGAGGGGGCGGCGGAGGAGCCGGGAUUCGCGAAACCGCAAGGACCCCGGCUUCCAGUCUGCAACUAGCCGCCCGCCGCGCCCUCGCGCCUUCGGAUCCUCACGACCAGCGGCCAAGUACCACAGCCGGACCCGGCCGCUCGCCCCUACCCAGCCGGGCUCCUUCUCCCAGAGCCCAAAGCCUGCGCCCUGAGGACCCACCUCCCCGCCCGGUUUCUCCUUCUCUGCUCCCACUGAGCCCACCUGUGAACCUCGGAAGUCCCGGCUGUGAAAGAGGUCAAGGCCGCUCCAAGGAAGAUGUACCAGAGCCUGGCGCUGGCCCCGAGCCCCGGUCAGACCGCCUACGCGGACUCGGGCGCCUUUUUGCACACGCCCGGCGCCGGCUCCCCGGUGUUUGUGCCGCCCGCGCGGGUCCCCUCCAUGCUGCCCUACCUGCCGGCGUGCGAACCCGGCCCGCAGGCUCCCGCAAUCACCGCGCACCCCGGCUGGGCGCAGGCGGCCGCGGCAGACUCGUCAGCGUUUGGCUCCGGCAGCCCGCACCCACCGGCCGCUCCGCCGCCGGGGACCACUGCCUUCCCCUUUGCGCACAGUUCCCCGGGGCCCGGAGGUGGCACAGGGACCCGGGACAACGGCGCCUUUCAGGGCGCGAUGCUGGCUCGGGAGCAGUACCCAGCAACGCUCGGGAGGCCCGUGAGCUCCUCGUACCCCACAGCCUACCCCGCCUACAUGAGCACCGAAGUGGCCCCGUCCUGGACUUCUGGACCCCUGGACGGCAGCGUCCUGCACAGCUUACAGGGUCUCCCGGCUGGCCUCCCUGGCCGCAGAGCCACCUUCGCGGCUGAGCUCCUGGAGGAGUUCCCGGGCGAGGGGCGCGAGUGCGUCAACUGCGGGGCCCUGUCCACGCCGCUUUGGCGCCGCGACGGCACCGGCCACUACCUGUGCAACGCCUGCGGCCUCUACCACAAGAUGAACGGUGUCAACCGUCCCCUCGUGCGGCCACAGAAGCGCCUGUCCUCAUCCCGCCGGGCUGGCCUCUGCUGCACCAACUGCCACACCACCACCACCACCCUCUGGCGGCGCAACGCAGACGGCGAGCCAGUGUGCAAUGCCUGCGGGCUGUACAUGAAGCUGCACGGGGUACCGCGGCCCCUGGCGAUGAAGAAAGAGAGCAUUCAGACACGGAAACGGAAGCCAAAGAACAUUGCCAAGACCAAGGGCUCCUCAGGGUCUGCAGGGCACACCACAGCCUCCCCACCAGCCUCUGUCCCUGACCCAGAGGUUUCAGCAGCCACUUUGAAGCCCGAGCCCAGCCUGGCGUCCCCUUCAUGCCCUCGGCCCAGUGUCACCUCCCAGGGCUCUGCACAGGUGGAUGACCCCCUGGCCCCCAGCCACUUGGAGUUCAAGUUCGAGCCUGAGGACUUUGCUUUGCCUUCUUCAGCCCUGGGCCAGCAGGCUGGCCUUGGCGGGGCCCUGCGCCAGGAGGCCUGGUGUGCACUGGCCUUAGCCUAGGUACCUGGGCACCCCAUCGACCCACCUCACUGCCUCUUUACUCCAACACAAAAGCAGACUGCCAGGCCUGCUGCCAGAAGAGUCUGGAGCCAGCUGGACCUGGAGGUGCUGGGGGGUCCCUCAGUGCGGCGGCCACAGCCUUCUGUGUGGACGGGAGGAGGGCUAAGCCCCCUCCCUGGGCAGCAAGGAACCUUCAAGGGAUGUGCGAGGCUCUGGCUGACCCAGGGCUCCCAGCCCCAACUUGAAUUCUGUCGUCAACGCUUGCCAUCAUCAUGUUUACAGGUGGUAGCAGCAGGACAAAACCCACCUUCCUGCGGUAAAACCAAGAUCACAGGUGACAUGACUGAGGCCAGCAGCAGCAGGGGAUGGGGGGGCUGCCAGACACGGGGCUUCCCCGGACUCCCUCAGGCUGCCCACUCCCCAUGUUCGACGGAUAGAGACACAGCAUGGAAACCUUGCCCUCCUUGGAGCAUGGGACAGCCAGGGACAGAUAGGCAGGUUGGGCACUGUACCAGGACGCCACCCCGAGGGGCCGAUCACGUAGUCAUCGUGCACCGGUAUUUAUGUGUAUGGUUUUCCCCCAGCGGGGCAGUAAAGAGCCUUCCUUGUUCUGACUGAAUCUGUGGCUAUAUUAUGACCAUUUUGUAAGUCAAGGUGCCUGGGACCCCAAUUCUGACCCACAGGGUCACUCCCAGGGCCGAUAGUGGGGUGACCACAGGUCCUGGCUCAUCUGGGUCUGUCCCAGCAUCAUCACCAAUAACACCCCCUUUCACUUACAAAGCCAUCCCCCACCCCAGGGCUGGAUGACAAAUUAGCUGUUGUGCUGGGUAGAGGCACCUCUGCCCAAGGAGCUGACAGUGGCUCACAGCCUGACGCCAGAGGCAGCAGAGAGUGGGGCCCCCUGCAGAGGGGCCACUCCAUCCCUCUCGUCCUGCAGCUGCCCUUCACCAAGACCUUCUGAUUUUUCCAUGGAAGCCAGAAACCGGGCUUUCUUUUUUUAAUGUAAAAUCUUCCAAUUGAAAGCUUUCACCUCCAGCUCCCAACUUGAUUCCGAAAUCUUAAGUUUUGUAAACCAUCUAGAACAGCCACUGUUGCACCAUCCUAUGUAAAAACAUCUCCUUCAUAGUUAAGAACACUCAUCCUUCCUGAACGUGUCCCUUCAUCCUGAGUCUGUACCCCGAGAUUCAACCAGCUGUGUCUCCAUGUGACCUUGUCUUUUUUUUUUUUUUAUUUAAACACAAGUGACACCAUCAGAAAACAUGUAAAAUAAAAACUUGAUUUUGCUCUCCUCUCCCCAUCA